AUGGUACAACAUCCACUGCCCGAUUCAUUGAUAUCAAUGGAUGAGGCGAUGAAUUACUGGCAGAACGUCUCCGCUAGCGUCGACGGCAUGCUGGGCGGUUUUCCCUCCGUGUCGAGGAUCGACUUACAGGGCUCGCGGUCGUUCCUAGCUAAGCUGGGGAUUAGCAAGCCCCGGAUUUUGAGAGCGCUAGAAGGCGGAGCUGGAAUUGGUAGAGUCACUAAAGGCUUGCUCCUUGAUGUCGCUGAGACGGUGGAUAUCAUUGAACCUGUUGCUAAGUUCACCGCUGGUUUGGUAGAUACACCCGGUGUAGGCCAGAUUUACAACAUUGGAUUGCAGGACUGGCAGCCGCAAGACGUCCAGUAUGAUUUGAUCUGGGCGCAAUGGUGUGCCUGUCAGAUAUCCGAUGCUCUCCUCGUCAAAUACCUCCAGCGCUGCGCUGCUUGUUUGAGUGCCGAUGGCGUCGUUGUUUUGAAGGAGAACUUGAGUGAUUGUGGGGAGUAUACGUAUGACGAGGUUGACAGCACGGUAACAAGGUACGUUUUCGAAUUCCAGUUUAACUUAAAGAUUCAUGCUGACGGUAAGAUUAGAACGGAUGAGGGCUUUAGAGCAGUUUUUGAAAAGGCGGGUUUAGAAAUUAUACAAGCUGAGUUGCAAAAAGGAUUUCCAAAAUCUUUGCUCCCAGUUAAAAUGUAUGCCUUGAAGCCAAAAGGACAAUGA